CUAAAGACUAAUAAAUAUUUUACAAUAGGCGAAAUUAGCCCACAACAAAACAUGAUGUGCCGCAAAUAAUAGGUAAAUUUUACAUCGCCGGUCAAGCCAGGAUAAUAUAGAGUAUCAAAGAGAAAGGGGGGGUUUCCUCGGAACCUUUUGUGUUUGGCGUAUUGAUUGUCACCGGUCUCUAAUCAUGUCAAUUAAUUUGCCAAAGCUACCCAUUGAGAAACCAAUCAAACAUCAAUUUUUUCAUUACGAGGCGUUACGAUUGGCUGAUCGCGUUUUUUUUCCUAAUUGAUACUUUGGUGUUAAAUAGGGCGUAUCUGACGUCACCUUGACCCACGUGAUUGGUUAAAGACGGCACUGCACACCGCCGCAAUAUGAUGCAGAGCAAAUUUUCUCCCGCUCACUUAUUCUGGAUUUUGAGCUUGUGAUCAUGAAGAUGGCGACAGGCCUUGAGUUCUGCGAGGAUGAAGGAGAUUUACUCGGCGAUGACGUUAACGAAGAGCGGGACCCUAACUUUGUGGAGGAAAGAUUUCGCGUGGACCGUCGUAAACUGGAGCAAAUGCUCCAAGGUCAGUAGCACACGAGACGCGAUCGGUCCAUCGAACGAGUUUAUUUACUUCGCUAAUCAUUUGAACUUUAUAUGCUAAAUCGAUAUUUAUGAAUUUCAGCUGCUGUGGAGGGAUGUGGCCAGACUGGCGAGGAGUUUUUCCAGAAGGUUAGAGGAGGUCAAAUUAUCUUUUAAUUCUCGACAUAAUUGCAGCUGAGUUGUAAAUUGUCUUGCGAUGGUAUGCCUCUCGUAGAUCAUGGAAGAAACGGCAACCACUAUAACAUGGCCAUCAAAACUCAAGAUCGGUGCCAAAUCUAAGAAAGGUAAGUCAGUGAACAGUUCUAUAUGACUUGGUUUAGUUUGUCUUUUCAGUGGGCCUGAAGACACUGCACCGGAGUAGUUGCGCUUGGUUGACAGAGUAGUGUGUUUUAGCACGGGUCAGAUACUCAAUUUAUUGUAAACUGAAGUGGAAACUGGGGUUGUUUUGAUCCAUUCGACUGGUUCGCCUGCUGUUUCUCAGGGAACAUAAUAAACUAUUAGCUUCAAAUUGGCUAGUUAAAGUAUCUAUAAAAUUUUCACGGCUAAAAAAUUUAUUUAAGCAACCUCUCUGACAGUUCCUUGUUCCGCAAAGAGCCUUAUUCCGUUGAUAAUGAUACUAGCAACCGCUUUUGUUUUUCGACAAUAAUUUUCUUUUGUAAUAAAUUUUCUUUGUCUUGAGCUUUUAUCAAUUUACGUACAAGAAAAGACAAUUACUGCAGCUAUUUGUGCCUAAUAACAACAUCUUCAGGCGUUGUGAGAAUUUGACGAUGCGAGACGAAAAUCUUCUUCUCCUCUCGACUGCGUUUUGACCCGCGUACACUGACAUUUCCGGAAAGUUUAGGGUUAAAACUACACGUAUUCAUAUAACGUGCGUUUUGGGCAAUGUACAUAUUAUUUUAAAGAUACAAACUAUAACUCAAGGAAGAAAUAUAGGAAGGCUUUUGUAUCGCAAGAGUCUGUUUUGGAUUUCGUUUUCCCUAGAUACAAGUAUAAAGCGAAUUGAACCGCUGCUUUAAGAUUUGGUCAUGUUCCAGCAUUGUUUUAAUUUGAACCCUAGUCUGUUAUUGUACUCCAACGAGCAUGUGGAGAAGAUAAAGACUGGCUGAUGAUUUAGUCGAAAUGUGUUCCUACCAAUAUCUUUGUUCGUCAAAGCGUAUAGUAUUUACUCUCCAAGACCGGUCAUGACACGCUCUGCGAAAUUUAUUUUAAAAUCGACGAGUGUUUCGAUUUUGUUUUGGAACUGCAAGUCACCAGCGUGUUUAUCUUUGAAUAAUACAUGUUUACUUUAUUCAGCAGGAAUUAGCCAUUGCAGACUGGAAAAAUUUUUAUUCACUCAGAGUAAUUAGCUCGUGCAUGGUGAGAGUGAAUAAUCCUUGCAAUAUCUUUUAAGUCGAGUCAAUCAAGCAUGUUUGUUUCAACUGUGAAUGAGAGAAGACGACACGCUUGCCAGAGCGAGUCACGCACACUUGUGACCUUGUGCUUUUCGCAUGAACAAGCUUAACUGCUUACAUUUUCCAGCAGAGACGUAAUAAACAUUUAUUUCCCUAAUGUGCCUGCAAACUUUCGCUGAAAGUCGACAACAGUUCUUUUUUAUUUCAUCUUUCGUUUUAAUGCAGUAAUAAUUUUACUUCAGAUGAAAAUUUUGCGAAAGCAUGAACGUGGUCUGUCAGUAGAGCCGAAUCGAUCUGCGGAUUGUUUUAUAACGUCCUUUAUGUCAUUUUUAAACCUUUCGGUGAUAAACAACAAUUAUUUUAGUUUAUUUGUAUAAUUCAGCCAUAAAUCUAAGCAGCAGCAUUAGGGAGCGAGGUACAAUACUUGUACAUCGGAACGUGUCGGUAAUGUUUAAUUACAUCAUUUUAGGCCUUCUAAAAUGUAAAGUAGUCCAAUUUUUCCAGUUAGGUUCGCAAAACGGAUUUCUUCAAACAAAAGGUGUUUAGAUGAUUAACAAGAUUUCAUAGCAUUACCGACUCUUGUGGCUGAUUUUACAUUGUUGCAUCAUAAUCAUGUGUUGAUUGGGAGUCAGGGUCAUUACAUGUACCAAGGAAAUGUCUUUUUGCUUAUCAAAAUAAUUUUUCUCUAACCACAUCCCCUGAUAGAAGUUUCUACUGCAUGUAUAAUAUCAGACAAGUACUCAGGAAAUAUCAGACAAUAUGAUCUGCAGGCAAACAAUAAUGACAUAUUUAAUUACGCUUAAGUCGUCACAUUCCUUUUGGCAUUUUUCUGGUUCUAUGUGUAUUUUUUGAUAAUUGAUUUUCUCCACGAAAAUUAGAAAUUUUAGUGUCAAAAGCACUCCACAUGAUCAAGGUCGUUGCUUACUUUCAGUCUAAUAAACGUGGCAUGCUGCUAUGGAGAGAGGAAAGGAGUUGUUUGUUUGCGGUUGGUAGUUAAGCACAGAUGGACACGUAACCAUGACCUCCAUUAUAUAUGAUGGAUCAUAAAAUAAAAUAAGUGCUAAAUAUAUUUCAGCACAUACAAGAAACGUGACAUGAAACAGCUAUCUUUUCAUCCGAUCCAUUUUCCUAUUUCAUUAUUUGCAAAAGGUAAGGUAUCAUAGCACGCCCCUCCCACUCCCCCUCCCCCCCACAGGAUCCUCUGUUGUUUCUAAGGAGUUCUAUCAUGUUGUCUUUCGUCCUUGUGGCAAUGCUAACUGACAGAUUUUAUUGCAACCAUAUGAACAUCGUCCUUGACCUUGAUGUUUGUGAAGUAUAAACAGUGUGCUAAUUUAUCCUUUAAACUUUUAACCUGCCAUCAAGCAGUCCUUCAACACUUUUUUUUGGGAGACAAGGGGAAAAAAGUGCCUGAUCACAGGUUAUUAAACUUCAGGACAGUUUUCAAGUUUUGCACACAUUCAGUAUAACUGAGUUUCCAUGUCUUUGCUAGAAAGUAUGAGUGCUAAGCUCAUAAUACUUUACUCAUUAAUGUAGUCAUUUAAUAGGUUCAAUUAUAAUUUCACUGUCUGCUAUCUGUCCCAAACCUAAAUUUAUAAUUGGAUUAAACUGUACAUGUAUGAGCACUAUUGUUCACCACUUUCUUAUUAUUUUUCGGCCUCCUAGAAUUAGAAGAGGGCUUCAUAGAGAGGGUUGAUUUUAAACUCCCUCUAGAGUUGAGAAAAUAUGUUUUUUUCCUGUAUAAUCACAAUGUACAAACCUAGUAAGUAAUUAAGACAUACAAAUAUGCAUUUUCUUUAAUAAUAAAUUGUUUUCUAGCCCCACUAAUGAGAUUAAGAUUUUAAAUCCUUAAACUCUCGAAAUAAUUUAUGUAUAUGUGAAGUAAGGGGUCCACCCCAAGAUAGCUUUAGGAAAUAUGUUGUGAUAGCUAGGUGCAUGAAGUUCAGGGACUGAAAACACAGAAGUUCAUGAAAUAAUAUAACUAUCUCUAUCCAGGUCCCUGUUGUUUAAAACAGAAACUUGCAAAAUGCACUUUUUUCCAUAGGGCCAGCCAUAAAAGUUUGCUAGCUAACUCAAAGAUAUGAAAAGAACAAAAAAAUUUUUCUUGCUUUUUUUGGUGAAAAGAAAAUACUUGCUUGGCAUAAAUAUGGCUGAUAGAUUUCCUAAAGUUUUAAGGUACAAUUUUAACAAUAGCCUGAUCAUGUACAAGUGCAGUGAGUUUUGUUGGCCCAAGAGAGUUUAGUUGUGACUGCUUAAAUAGUUCUUUAGGGUGUUAUAUAGUUUUGUAUUAUGGCACUUGACACAUUCUCAUUUUAUUGGAAAACAUAUCUAUUACUUGAAUAGGGGUUUAUUUGGUAGGUACCAAGGCACAGAUUACUUACAACAAAAGAGAUAAUACAACCCCAGGAGAACUCUGUUAUUUGGUUCCUUUGAUUCUCUUGUGAUGUUGGUACCUGCAGAAAGAUCCUAAAUAGGGAUCAAACUAUAACAAUAUAAUUCAUUGGUUUCCUUAACUUCGUUUGUAAGUUAAUGAUGGUGUCCUUUUUUCACGUACGUACAUGUGAAGUGCAUAUAGUAACUGGCACCAAACAACAGCUCAUUUAACUUUACAGAUCCUCAUAUCAAGGUAGCAGGCCUACCCGAGUCUGUAAGACAGGCAAAGGAAAAAGUCAUGGCAGUCUUGGAUACAAAGGUUUAUUAUUUUGAUUGAUUUCUGCAUGCAUGUUUAAUGCUUCAAUAGUUGAAGCGAAUAUAUAUAUAUAUAUAUAUAUAUAUAUAUAUAUACUUCAUAGUUCAUUCUAGACAGAUAAUUUAAUGGGCUGGGAUAUUUUCUUUGGCAUCAGGUCGACACCAAAAGUGCACAAAUUGUGCGUGCAUUCUAGAAUGAACUCUGAACUGACGCUGUAUGCAAUUAAAUAAAGUAAACUCUACAUAGUUGUUAUUGUUAUGGAAAUGAGGUUGAUAAUGUUGUUGUCCUUCGUCUCUUAGUCAAGUAGAGUGACCCUAAAGAUGGAUGUGUCAUAUACCGAUCAUUCACACAUAAUUGGAAAAGGAGGAGGAAACAUUAAGCAAGGUCUGGUAAUAAUUAAGUAUUAUUAUAUAAACACCUAUGAAAUACCAGGUGAUCUUUCGUGCCAAAACAUGAUACUUUCACACGUGAAAAUAACAUCUAUCAUGAGAGAAAAGGGCCUUUUUUUGUCCUUACAGCACACAAUUUUUUACCAUUAUUUCAUCCCACUUUUUACUUUAUAUGAUUGGAGUGUCAGUAAUCCAACAGCUCAAACAAAAUAAGCAAUAACCAAAGGAAAUGCAAAUAAUUCUAAUUUUCAUUCAUUUGUUUAAGCCAAUUAAUUAACAUUAAAAAUAUUUUUCUAGUUAUAUUCCCGUUAUGCCCAGCAGCGGAUCCAGGAUUUUUUUUAGGAGGGGGUGCACUCGUCUCUUGCUCUACUUCAACACCAAUAAACCAUAUAAUUUUUUUUUGGUAGAAUACCAGUUGUAUUAGAAAACCGCAGUUCAUCUCAGGGGGGUGGGGGGUGCACACCCCUUGCACUCUCCCCCUAGAUCCGCCCCUGAUGCCUAAAGGUGCUUAGUAAUAGUUUAUGUAUGUCAUUCCUUUAAUAAUAUAUUUCAGUUAUGCACGACACUGGAUGCCACAUUCACUUCCCAGAUUCAAAUAGAGGAGCAACUAGUGAAAAGAGCAAUCAAGUUAGUCAACCUUCACUGUAACUAUACAGUACAUGUCAGUUGUAAUUUCUUUAAGUGUUUCAUUGGUUAUAGUGAUAUUUAUUUAAUUUUCAUAAACUUGCAGGUUUCCAUUGCUGGUCAACCUUUAGGUGUUGAAAGUGCAAGACGACAAAUCAGGGUAAUAUUAUAAUACUUUUAUCUCAGAUUUCCAAAAUUACUGAUUCUAGCUUUAAUAAAUAAAAUUGUAUAAUUCUUUAUUGCUUGUUAUCAAGGAUCCCCACUGGCCCACUAUUUUCAGAAUUAAUCAUUAUUACAAUUCCCUUAAUUUGAAAGUGAAAGAAAAAAAGAAUGAAUUGAAAAUGUCAAACUGCAUGUUCCUAUUUUAACAUUAAUAAUGAAUAUGUAUAGUUUGUCUUCCACUAUUCAAGAGUUUGUCCAUGCAAAUUAGGUUCUUUAGUUAAUUUUAUGUAUUUUUUUGCCUCUACAAAACCAACGUUGUUUUUGUUGCAUUUGAUAGCAUAGAUUCCUUUAAUAAGUUAUGACACAACACAAACCCUCGCAAACUUGAACCUCACGCUAAUCAAACCAAAAAUAUAAUUGAUUUCUCCCAAAUUUCCUUCAUACAUGUACUGUAAUUUUACCCUUGGUAACUUGAACCCUCAAUAACUGGAACCUCCCACUAACUCAAAGUAAAUUUUUGUUUCCCUUCAGAUCAUUUUUAUAUAAUUUUACCAUUGAUUUAAGCAUGUGACAAGUUGGGAAAAACAUCAGAAAAAAACCAGUCCACUGAAGAAGUCUGAAACAUUGAAUAGGAUUUUUUGUUCGAAACAAGCGUGUCAAAUCUUUGUCUUAACUUUUUUCACUCCAAUUCAAAUUGUGUCCAUCCCUGUAUAUUAAUCAAGCUUUGUUGCUUAAUUUCUUUUUAAAAUCCUUCCCAUUUAUUUGCUUAUUAUUUUCCUUAUUUUCAGACAUUUGCUUCAAAGUCCCGAUAACACAAACUUUUUUUAUUUUCCUUGAAAAAUCAAGUUAUCAGGAGUCUGCUGUAUCAUCUGACAGUUAUUUCAACAAGUCAAUAUUAAUAGUAGUUUGGUGUUUUCUUUCAUGAUUAUCAGGAUUUACAACCCUUGGUUCUUACCUUUGAAUUGCCACUAAGUGGAAGACUGCCAUCAGAUUCCAGUUCACCAGCAAUCCAGCAGAUAGCACAAGCCUGCAAUGUCACCAUCACUUUUAAACAGGUAAAUAAGUAAAAAUUUAAUGACUUCUGCUAGCUGGUGGAAAAUCAGUUUUCUGUGAUUCCUGUUUGCUUGGUGUAAUCAUGUGGCUGUUGGUAACAUACUGUGCAGAUCAGGAUCUGAAAUCUACUAUUGUCUAACGAACAUUACAUAACAACAACAAGAACAACUUGUACUGCAACUUGCGAAACUGAAUAAAUUCAUGAUAUAAGAUUUAAAAUUGCUAUCAAGAAGACUCAGACAAAGCCAGUUAGCCUUGAAGCCACAACAAAACUCUGGAAAUCUGACCGACCAUGUGCUUUUGUCUGGUGACUACAUGUAGAUGUUGUCUCAGACACUUAGACCUGAAAGGUUGUCCAGUGGGCAACCAACAUCAAAAGUUAAUUUUGGACCUUUCAGAUCAGCUUAAAAUUUUUUAAAUUGAAUUUUUCCUGUGAUGGUAACAUGAAUAACAAAGCCUGUGAGUCAAAUUGUUUUGAAGCAGGUGGGGAAAUGGUUUAGGAAGAAAAUACUGGGUGAUUCCACUUUUGUUGUGUUUUCAGUGUGUCAUUUUGUGCCUGAUACCAAUAGAGUGGCCAUGCAGGUCUCCCAUUUCAAUAGCCGGGCACGCUCCCUUUGCCAUUUUGGCCCUUAAUGUCAGCCCUGAUUAUCUGUAAGUUUGGGCUGACCUUAACUACUUUAAGAUAUAACAUGUUCUUUGUGAGAGUUUUUUUUUUCAUGUACUUAUGUUGUCUUACAGAGACCCAGAGCUGGCAGUCAAACAGCAAUAAUUAGAGGUUCACAGCAACAUGUUGCUGGUAUUAAGGUUUGUGAAUUUUUCAUUUUGAAAGUAAUUAUAUAAAGGAAGGUUAAGUGUUAUUGUUUGUUCGUACAAUGCUCUAUACUGAUGACAUGUUACUACAGAGAUCUGGGUAGCGUUUUUGAUUGGUUAAAGAAAAUUCCCCAUGUGGCAAAACCAAUGAACGUUCUGUGCUUGUUGCUCAGACAUCAUUUCACUAGGAAACCAGUGAUGCUGCAAAAUGUCAGCUGUUUUCCUAGGUUAAGUGGGAGUCCAAAUACAUGAUUGAUUCCAGUUAGGAUUAUACAGACAAAAUUGGACAGCACAAGAGUUUUCUGCUAGAUCUGAGAUAGAUGAGCCCAUUAAAAAUCAACAGUCCAAUAAUAGUGGAAAGUACUGUCCUAUCAAAGAGGCUGAGGCAAGACACAGUCAUUGUUGCUUCUAAAUUCAGGGCUCCUCAUUCACCAGUAAUACUGGAGAAUUUUGUUUUAGAUAAGAUUAAAAACAAUAUAAUAUUGUCUUUAACUGAAUGUUUUUGAAUCCUCAGGAUGCCAUUUCCCAUCUAGUUGAGCAUUUCACAGCAAAAAUAGCUGUAAGUACCUUUUAAAAGUUGUUUUUUUUGUAGUUGUUAACAUUACCUAAGCAUGAUGCUUCAGGUGCUUUUGGCAUUGACAGAAAUGACACCGAAUUGCCAUGCAAAAAAUUGACAUUACCAUGGAUAGGUAUCUUUUUUAACUGCUGCAGGAUUAGCUCAGGAGGUAGAGUGCUUGACUGCAGAGUGGGAGGUCCAGUUUCUGUUCCCAGGACUGGAACAACACUCAGGGUCUUAAAAUGACUGAGAAAUGAAAGUAAUGCCUUUGCCCUACAAAUAGCUCGACCGUCGCGUGGCUCAGAUGACCACAUAAAAUGGUGGUCCCGUCUCCAGUAGGAGAUGUAAAAAUAGUGUCCCCAUUUAGUACUUUUGUGCUAAAUACAUUGAUGCUCAAAUAAAGUACAUUUUUUUAAUCCUUAAGUAAAUUUUUAUACCAGAAAUACUUUAUAAGGGUGAUCUUGUUUACAAUACAAUAGUGCCUAUUUGUAGUUCCAUUGACAGUUGGUCCUUGUCAGCGUUUAGGGCACUAUCCUUUUCAUUGUUCCUUUCAUAUUUAAAUUUGGUCAUCCCAGCAAGGUUUAAGGUUUGUUUUUGCACAAGAAAGCAAAAUCCUGAAAGAUUCUGUUCUUAGUAGUAAAAUAACGUCAUCGUGCAACUGGCCUAUUAUUUGCCCAAUAAAGAACAAUUGACUUUUAAGACGGCAGGACACAGGAAAUCCCAAGCAGGCAAGAUAGGCUCAUCUUACAUGCUUGGGUAGCCAAUCAGAACACAGGAUUUGCUUCACCUUGCCUGCUAGUGGAUUCAGCCAUAAUAAUGAAAAUUAUAAUAACAAGUGUUUUAUUGUUUGUUCAGUCUUCAGUUCCAGUGAACAUGCAGAUUGAUAUUGCUCCUCAGCAUCACUUAUUUAUUAUUGGAAGAAAUGGAGUAAACAUCAAACAAAUCAUGCAGCAAACUGGGGCAAGGUCAGUUGUAGCCAAAUUUUUGUGCCCACAAGGAAUUUAAAUUAAAUAAAUAAUAUUAAUAUUAAUGAUGAGGCAACGUAAAGAUUUAAGUACUUAGCAAUUAACCGACAAUUAGGUUUUCGUUCCAUCAAUCAUCUUGACAAAACUCUUGGUGGUUGUAAUAAUGGUAAUAUGAUUGAUUGAAGCAAGCAACUUAACCAUUGGUUAAUGUUUUGACUUGAGAGGUAGCAUAUGUUAUUGAAAAAUGCAGCAGAAUUUUUGCUCUACAAAUUGAAAGAGAAAAAGAGAAGCACUGCAAGUUGCAUUUUAGAACAUUCACUCCAAACAUAAUUCUUAUUUGUUAUUAUAGCAUUUCAUUUCCUGAUCCUAAUGGAACACAACGAAAAGGCACCGUCUUUAUCACUGGGACGGUGGAGUCAGUUAUUCAUGCAAGAGCACAGCUUAUUGUAAGUAAACGACCAAGUCCUUAAUUAUGAUAACUUUUUAUUUUUUUUUCUCUUAUGAUCUUUACAUGAAAUAAAUGCUAGUUGCAUUGCAUUAAUCUUGCUGUUUCUACUCUAUCCCUUAGGAAUGCCUUCCCCUUGUACUGAUGUUUGACCUACGAGAGGAGGAUGGAGAUAUAGAUAACAGUAAGAUUUCUUUGCACCCUACAUGUAUUUUAUUAAACAUCUUUGUCAUUACGUAAGUUUUAAGACACCAAACUAUGCACAAAGUUUUUAAGCCACCUAAGGUAGAACUGCAAAUUUGUUGAUGCCUGCACCCAAUUUUUCAACCUUCUCUUAGUUACACUUAUCGUAACUAUUUUCUACAAGUGAGAUGUUGUGUACUCAAGAAAGGGUUCAAGGAGGUCCAACCGCCACCCCCUAUUUUCAGUGUUGAUGUUUAUUUUUUUAAAGACACAAUGUUGUCAAGAAGGGACUGCUAAUGUCAAACAAGUAAGCCUCAUGGCAGGGUUGUCAGAAAGUUUUGAAGUAUAGAUGGCUGAGUUGUCAGAGUAAGCGGCCAGUCCAGGCAUAUUUUAUUUUAAAAACGCAAUCUUAUAGAAAUGCCAAGCAGAGUAGCCUGCCAAUACUAACGAAGUAGGUGACGAUUUUUGCCGGCAGCCAGCUACUUUUGACAGCUCUGCAUGGGCCUUCCCAACACUCCUAUAAUAUAUAUGGCAGUGUGCUAACAAUUAUCUAAUGGUAUGAACAACCACAUGGCUUCAUGUCUUUGGGUGUUCACCAUCUUGUCAACAGCACACUUCAGCAGUAUAUUAGAGUUCAGUGACGUCUCUUUUCAAUAUAAAACAAUGCCAAGAUCUCUCCUCAGGUUAUUGUCAAAAGAAUGGUAAAGCCUAAUGACAUAAAAAAAAAAUUUUUCUUGGGUCUGCACCUCACCACUUUUCUUUUUCUACUUAUCUUGUAUUUUUUGUUUUAUUUUUACUUUUGUUUGGCAAAUAAAUAAAUAAAUAAUGGUAAAAAAAGUAAGAUUUUAGUGAGUGACUAAAUUUAGCAAGUUUGAAUUCCGCUGGCAUAAACUGAGGCUGUGGUUGUGCUCUUGUGAGAUAGUGGCUGAUUUAAAAAAAUAUUCCAUGUAAAUAAUCCUUGUGUAAUUGUUGACUGUUUUGCUUUUAUGAGCUGAAAGGUCAGUUGCCUGCUUUCGGCAAACAGAGUUUUACUGAGUGUACUGUCAUAGUCACUUUUUUGUACGUUUUUAAUUUCAGCAAAAUUAAAUACAAUAAUGGAGGCAUAUGAUGUUUUUGUGAGUGUAAAACCCAAACCUAAGCAACCAAGUAAGGUGAGAAAAUUAGCAAUAUUCUUUUGCAACUUAAUUUCACCAUAAGAGAAUUAUUAUUUAUUAACACUCCAGUCCAAUAUUUAAGGAAUUAAGACAAGGCUAUUGUUACAAUAGUCACUAUAUUAUUGGCUUUCCUGGUUUGGAUAUUUUUAAAGCUGUUUAUGUCCUUUCUUUUCAUUUGCAGUCUGUGAUUGUAAAGAGUGCGGAGAAAAAUGUUGAAAACAUGUUCAUUGCAAGACUAGACAUCCUUGGACUUGACAGCAACGAAAAUCAUGCUUCCUCGCCAGCAUUUUCCACAACAGGCUUGGUUAAUCAUGAUCAAUGCACUGCCUCACUAGAUAACCUCUCAAGAAAUUACUUCAGCAUGCUUAACCUUACCUCUGCUCCACAACGCUACAUUCAAGGUCAUCUGAAUGGACAUUCGAGCCCCACCCUUAGCCCAGUGGACCCUUCAGCUAGCAACCCAAAUCCAUGGUUGACUAGUGCUGUUUCUCCAACAUCACCCACUAUUUCAAACAUGAUUACAGCACAUCCUCUCAUAAACUGUGUAACAAGCUAUCCAACGAGUCCUCCACCUCCUCCAGGACUAGGACCCCCUGUGACACUGACCUCUAUGGCUAAUAAUCUACCAAGUGGUUAUCUUUUGAAUUACACUGGAUCUACACCCACCUCAGAUGGAUACAUUAACAGUUUAAGUACAGGUAAUUAAAACGAGCUAACACUAACCUGCAAUAUAGAGAUAUUGAGAAUGCAUAGUCACAGGCUAGGCUGACAUGCAACACUCACAUGGAUCACAUUGGUGCCGUGAUAUUGUAAUGUGCCCAGGGUUGUCAUUAAGAGCCGGGGGCCGGGGAUUUUCCCCGGCUACUAAGAGAGUGGCCCCCGGCUACUUUUAUUGGAAAAUAGAAGGAAAAUAGAACCAAAAGAAAUCCCUAGCCGUUUGAUUCCCCACCUACUUGUUGUAUUUACCCGGCAACUUGAAAUCUUAGUGACAACCCUGUGUGCCUCUCAACAAACAUUUCACACAGCAAAAUAAUAUUUAGGACUGUAAAAGUUUAAUGUGUUUGGUUACAGGGAAGUGUUUGCUACAAACGUUUGACCUGUAUAUUUAAAUAAACCACGUCAAGAAUGUUGAACUGUUCGUGAUCUGGUUGUUUGGUAUUUUGGAGUAGAAUUUGUUGCUUUCUUUAGGGGCAGUAACAUUCACCAUUUGCACAUCUCCCAUAUUACACCUGGUUUGCUCCUCGAAUCACCCCCCCCCCCCUCCAAAAAAAAUUUCAUAACCUUUGUUUUUAAUUUCCCUUGUAUAUUGCUUAUGCAAAGUUUUGGUAGCGCACCAAAUUCUCUGAUAGCAACUUCUUUUCGUUUCACCAGGUUCAACACAAGGUUGUCUAAGCAAGUCUCAAAGUCAGUUAAACCAAAGAAAUGGCAGUCCCCUUGGCCAAAGAGUUCCUAGUCCCGUUGGAACCAUCGGGCAAGGUCCUGGAUCAAGAACCUUUCGGCCUAUAGACAGACAAAGCCUCAAUGGAAGUCCCUUGAGACGUAGCUCGUCAGGCAGUUUAAGUCCUAGGAGUCAGACGAGUACAAGCCCAUUGACUGUUGACGAUGAUGGUACGUUUUAAACACGGUAGAUAAUAAUUAUCAGCCUUACUGUACUGUCGUCUUUAAUGAGCCGAGAAGGUUGUAGUUGCAGUUAAAACCUUAAAUGCUUGAGUGGGUUGUUAUACUGCAUGAAUUCCUUUAUAAGUCUUAAAGUUGUGCAAGUUGAAAAAUGCUAUUAAAAUGGCAUUAAAUUAGGCACGUUCUGACACUACAGGAAGGGAUCUGGUUUGACGAAAGAAAUAAGCAGAAAACACCUUUACAGUGGCCAAUUUAGUGUAUCUCCUUUCAUUAUUGAUGUCAAAUUGAAGUAAUAUACCGUACUGCAAAUGUGUUUUUAUGAUUUUGAACUCCUAUUUGGCUUUUUUUUAUUUGCUUGUCUGUAUGACAACACUACUGGUGAAAUUAGUACCGAAAUGAACUGAGACUGACGUUCGGUUAUUCCAUUACGUCUUUUUUGCCUUAUAGCUUGAUCUUGAAACAAUAUUUACUCGCAUACGUUGCGUUGACAAUUAAAAAACGUUCCUUACCUGUGCAAAGUCCUUUUGCAUCUUUCUACAUCUUCGGCCAUUUUGACUUCGCAGAAAUUUUAUCAAAAUUGUAAGGUUGGUGCGUUGCGCGCACAAUUUUCCCGCCGAAACACAGGGGGCUGAUUGGCUAAACUCUGUGCCUUCAAAGAUAGCCGAGUUUUCGGUAGCGCAAAGCCGUAAGUAAUUCGCUCGCCAAUGUGCAAUGGAGUCUUUUGAAAACUUGACAUUUUGUCUGGCUCGAAGUCGCUUCCAUCUUUCUUAAUUCGUUGAUCUGCAAAAAAAAGUACACUGCAAAUGGCAAAGAAGCUUGUCAAGAUGAUCAGGUGCAGGUAUGUUUGUUAUCAUAUUUGUCGAAGAAUCACUCGUUUUCUCUUAGGCAAAACGUCUCGAAUCUCUGCCAGUCGAUUUUCGUCUUCUUAACUGUGGAUUCUGCGAUAAAUUUUUCACACUGACCUAGAAUUCUUCGUGAAUCUUCGAUACAGUUCGAUACAGUUUCUUCAUUUGGGAUUUACGUCCGUAUCAUAGCAAGUUACGGACCGCAAAUCAGUGACCAAUUUUUGUAAAUGAUAUAAAACAACCACCGUAUCGAUAGUCGUAAAUACGGGUAGAUUGCUUUCUACCCCGGAGAAACGGCUAGGCUACCUGAUAUAAAGAUGAUACCACUAUCACAUCUGCCGAGGAAAUUCAUGUUACCUUUUAUAGUAUAUAACUACUUAGCAAACAUGUUCCUCUACCUCUAACCAUUGGCAAAAACGGUGUAUCUUAAGGUAGCGUGCGUUUACAGGGGCACCCAAUGGAUCUGUUCCUCAAAAUAUCUGUUCUUCAGGCACAUUUUUGCUGGCUGGGAGAUGCGGAAGAAGUAAUAGUCCUUGGAAGGAAAGUGUUGCUGGGAAAAAGAUAAUUCAGGGUGUCAGAGGGGAUUUGAAGUCUAGAACAGCUGCUACGGGUUAUUUGUAUGGGUUACUUACUGUAGACUUAAAUGUUCAUAUGAAUUUAUUCCAAGGAGAUUCGGACCAAAGAUUCGUUACAACGAUCUGGUUAGACUACGAAAAACAAAACGAGUGUGAAUAAAAGGAAGAAAGAUGAAAAUACUUAGCGACAACAUACUUACAGGAUUUGAAGGCUCGAAGGAAACGUGAAAAGACUUUAGGCCGUGUAAACGAACAGAACUCGACUAGAACUUUACCUCAAGAUUUUCGAGCGAGCACAUGCGCCAGACCAUAAUAUUACAACGACAUAUAAAUGACGUAGUUCUUCUACCAGUCCCGCGCGGGCUAAUGACGGGAAAAACUUAACAGAUACAAGAAGAACGUUUUGAAACCUACACUUACCACUCAAGAUCUGAAUUGUGCCCUAUGAAACUUCCCAGUAAGUCAGGUUGCAGGUUGUAAGUUUGCUGACUGGGAACUCUUCCAUCAGUCUUGCUGGGAGUGAGGAACAGAUAAUUUUUUUCCAGCAAUCUCCCAAAAUGCUUAAAAUAGUUUCAGAAAACUUUAUUCACGCUUUGUUGUUGUUUUUAGGUCUUUUUCUCAAAAUUUCCCGUUGGGUGCCCCUGCGUUUAAGGUGUUGAAGAUACUUACGUACUUGUCGGUUUCUUCCUUUGCAGCAAAUCACCACAGUAUGGUUAAUGGAAACGACCUGACUGACUCGAUUGUAAGUAACGGAGACUCACUGAACAGAAUACCACUGAGAGGCGAAAAACACUGGAUUUACUAUAGCCACUAAACUUAAGACCCUAAAUACUACUGUAUUAACAGUGAAAGGCAAGGAUUUAAAACAUUGAGACGCAGAUGAAGGAUGUAUCAGGAACACCCAGCGACUUUUCUCUUUGAAAUAACAAUAAUGAUAAUGAUACCAGGAGUUUUUUUACUAACUUGCCCACGAUUUUCGGAGGUCAUCACAUUUUAUUACCAAGAUAUUGCGAUUAUUAUUUUAAAAGGUCGUCUGAAAAUUUCAGUAUAACAUCAAAACUUCCCCAAGAGUUUUCUAAUAAAAGUGAGACUAGUACAUGUCUUUGAACUUUCGAACGAACCCAUGAGGGUAUAGCGAACUGUUUCGGUUAAGACGAAAAAGCCACCUGAAACUUUCAAGCCAUCAGGGGGAGCAGUUUUUAGGGCAGCUCAAAAUUAACCGAGAAAACCAUUUCAGACACUUCUGACGUAUUUGGAAACAUUCAGUCGUUGGUUGCCACUGGUAUAUUGGGAUGUCAAUGAGUCUACACGUGUACCAAACAUACAGUUUCUUUUCAUACGCUUUCAUAAUAACUCUCUUACUCUUUUGACUGACAGAUGUAACAGUAGACGGACAUAAAAACGGGACAGACUCUUAAACUCUGUACAGUACAGACCGCUUGCUUGCAAAGGUGCGGUACCGACAUUGUCAAAGAAGUUGCAUGGCCAAUAGAAUGCACACAAAAAGAUCGGUUAACAUGUACAGCGACCAACAACCAGCUUUAAUUGUGCAUAACAAGACGUGAGUUUGCAAAUGUUUGCCUUUACACUUUUUUUUUGCUGGUUUUAUUUAUCUACCGCCCCGACGUUUGGACGACACUAUGAGUGUCAAUAAACCGUUGACCAACUGAGUCGCAAGUCGCUUCGCUCAGCGCUUCGUUAACUUGGUGGUAAGUGCUAAUUUGACUGAUACAUCAGACAAACUUACAGACAGAUACGCAGACAGACAGACAGUACCAGACUCUAUAAACUGUAUCAUACUUGCCCCAGUCAUGGACAUCGCGUUGGCAAGGGUUCUCAUAGCUCAGUCGUCGCUGGAAAUGCUUUCUUGCGCUGUAUUCAAAUUGUGCUGUCAAAACUUCGCCUUGUUUUGUAGAUGAUGUUUUGAGUUCUUUUUGUUUUUCAGCCAUAUCACGACUCGCAAAUGCAUGGCAGCAAUGGGGGAAGCCAAAGCCCUGUUGGUAUGUAAUCCGGUUGUAUCGGCUUAAAGCAAACCUAGAUAUAAGAGGAAACACUGACAGUAAUAUGGUUUCAGAACCCGGGGGGUACUCAAUAGAGUUUUAUACGGGGAGGCUCCGCAUCGAGGUGCAACCCCUAAUCCUUUUAUAUACUAUUUUUGACAAAAAAAAGGUACCCUUGCUUAUACCUUUCACUUUGACAAAUAAUACCCUUUUCACAUACCAAGUUUAGAGUUUUACAUCCCUUUUACUGCUGUAAAUGCACUUUCUUUGUCAUGUAGGUGAAGGCUUCAGCGGCGUACGGAGUAGUAUUCAGAUUUAGAAAAGCCUACUCUACAAAGAGAGGAGGCAAACUGGUUUGUAAGGCGUGUCUUUACUCUAAGGGACGUCUUCGACUUUCCACUGUUAUUAGCUCUCAAGGGUGAUUAUUAUUAGUUGUGGUUCGACAUUAAAAAAAAAGAAAGAAAGAAAUAAAGCAGUUUUUCACGCGUUCAGUGAAGUUCGUUUCGAAGAAGUGUUUCAUUCCCCGGGUCUCCGUUGAAGUAAAUUGGACAAACUGUUUUAACAUUUUUUUGUGACGUUUUCUUCUAGGUUCUUCCUCAAAUCAUUCCAAGAGACAGGCCAGUCAAUUAUUGUCCGGCACAAAGCAUGUGAAUUUUAAGUAAGUUGUCAAAGGCUUUUUUAAUUUUGAAUACCACGGAUUUUGUCAGAAAUAUUAUUAGUAAAUGGAGCAUUUAUGCGCGAUUGGUUUAAGACAACUCCAAGGGAACACGCCGAAAAAACCUGCGCCUAGGUCGAGAAAAUGCAACAUUAGGGACCCUGCGAUCGACAACGGCAACGCCAGUUAAAACGUCGCUGUAAAAUAGACUUUCACCUUUGUACAAAGUCACUUAGGUAGUUUAAAGAAGGGUAAUUAGUUGGAAUUGAAGGGGUCUGCGUCCGAGUUCACUGGGAGAGAUGAAUGUAACAGGUAAUUCAUCGCCUUGCCGUUCCCGUUCUAGUCAACGCAAUAAUUGAUCAUUUCUCAUCGUGGUUGUGCAGCAAAGAAAUUUAGCGUGAUGCACGCUCUGAGUAGGUUUUUUUUUGCCUACUUGACGUAUUUUGUUUUUCUUUCCCGAAGUUCUCGUUGCCGUUGCCGUCAUAGUUUUGUAAGGUUUCUACCUCUGACGCGACUACGUACCGACGACGUUACUUCUCUCUCAUAAAACAACUACAGUCGAACCUGUAUUCAGCGGUCACCCUCUAUUAAAAUUUCGACCUCUAUUAAGCGGUCGCGGUCACCAUUUGCGAAGUCCCAACGAGACUUCUUCUAUUGUCUUGACCUGUGUUAAACGGUCACACGGUGUCAAUUACUUGUUCAUACAGCUUCAAAUAAUAUUACAUUAUUGUAACACACGAGGUACAACAAUUGAUUUCCUUGUUUAUUUUCGAAAAUCAUUAAAACGCCGGAAAUGAAUGUUUGUAUUUGAGGUCAAACGUCUGAUCUGAUCAGCACUGGAGAUCUAAUUCUUCGAACUGUAUUUCUUGCAAUCUGUAUUAAGCGGUCACCCUGUAUUAAGCGGUCACUUAGCCAUUCCCCGACGUUGACCGCUUAAUACAGGUUCGACUGUAAUAAGCAUUUUUGUAUGUUUUCUAGGACAAGUUCAUCAAGCCUGAGCUCGGACUCAAGUGAACUAGAUGACAGCAACUCUUCUGCGGUGCUGUGAGUACCAAACUAUCUAAACUCCAUACUACAAAUGUGUACUUAAUUUUCAGAUUGACAGAAAUCGGUGGGAAACAUGGGGACCUUUAGACCUUUUAUAGAUUCUAAGACGAGGACGACUACGGGUUUUCUUAACUUUAAGUAGUGUUCGCGCGUGAACCAGCGUCAUUUUGGCUGGAAAACGCGACAGUCGUCGUCGUACUACUACAGGUUUUAGCGAAAAUGUGUUAGUGAUGGAAACAAGGUAUCAAACGUUAGAAGUUUUAUCAUUUUGCAAGCAGCAGAUAAAAACAACCGUGUUAACUUUUAUGGUGAAAAAAGGUGAAAUGAAGCUUUCUGGGUUGUCUAUUUUUUGGGGGGGGAAUACGCGUAAAAGUAUUUCGUCCUCGAAUCUAAAGGUCUCUCUCUAUGAUUUGCCCAUUGUCACCAGUGAAUUUCAAUUUCAGCUCAGAUUCAAAUUCUGUUUCUCGCGCUCACUCGCUUCUAACCUUUCCGCCCACCUUUGAGAAGCAAUAGAUUCUUUUUUUUUCCAAUUUUGACUGUCAAAGACAAUUAUAGAGACGUUUUAUGACGUUUUAACGUCUGAGACUGUUCGUGAAAUGAAUUCCUGAUGUUUCCUUUCAAAUCAAACAUCUUAGGGGAGGUGGGUGGGCUUGUGCAUGAGAGGAUUUUUUUUUCCCUUAAAUUUUUUCUUUGGCUGUUUCUGCAUGGCAGUGAAGGAAGGUGUCCGAGAUUGUAUGAACAAAUUCUCGCGUAAACACCCUGGGUACCAGAGGUUUUUUUCCCCAUGAGUUGCUUCGGGGCGACAGGGCCGAUGUUGCGACCGCCAGAAAAUGUUUUUCGCGCAGGUCACUAGGCAUUUGACCGAAACCGGAAACCGCGCAUGAAAAGUCUCUGGCACCCAGGGGACAAGUAGAUUCCGCUGAAUUCGAUUUUUAACUUUGUGCGUUUCUGUUUUCAGUUUACAAAGGAUCCCUCCAAACACGCCGACCCAGACAGUAAGUUUAUAGCUUUUUGUGGGUUAGUUUUGUUUGAUAUGUUGCAUUGUUUAUUUAUUUUAAGUGUUUGUUCCGUCUCAAACUUCUGACUUUUUAUGUCUUUCACAGGCAGAUAAGUACGAUUACAUGAAGACUAUGGCGACAGUAGGUAAUGCGUUUUUAAAAAAAUUAAUUACUAUUACUAGUUUAAUUCUAACCUAAUGCCAUUUGACCACAGGCUGUUUUAGAGUUGAAAUUAGUGAAACGUAAAUCACUUAUGUGAGUGAUGUGAUGACUGCUUGGUUUUUAGGAAGUGUGAACAUGCUAACUUGAAAUGUCUUUCUUUUUUUUAGCCAUGCAAAGGAAAGUUGUCGUUGACGAAGUAAGAACACCGACGAAUACAUGGAGCGGACUAGGAUUCUCAAAAUCCAUGCCAGGAUCAGCGAUAAAAGAAUUGGUAAGAACAGUAACGUAUGUUCUAAAAGGAGAACAUUCUGCCGCGCGGAUCAAAGAACGUUUAUUGAGCACAUGUGUUGUUGGUUAAUUCUUAAUCUAACUGGUAAGAACUUGCUUCCAUACUCAGAAGUCUGUAGAAAUUUCUUCUCAACAAAUGUUCAAUGUAAGUCUUAUCAAUUUUAAGAACAAAAAAGUUUCAGAGAAGGAAUUGAGUUGGAAUUGAUCCAGGAACAUAGGGUUUGCAGUCCACCAUCUGUACCACUUAGUAUGGCACGGCGCAUUUCUAGGUUACUGUUGUUUGAUUUGGAAAUGAUUUGCUUAACGCUAAUCACAAUGUUCAGCGGCCGGCAAACGGCAAACGGAGGAAAAGUCAGGUCAUGUAACCCUCUCUACCUAAGUAUCAUGCUUUCUCCCCCCACCCCCUAAAGAGAUGGUCGAUACUCAGGCUAAUUAACAAUUAUUCCACGAGUGCGCGUUGGAUUUGAGUUGGCUAUAAUCAUCUCAUAUCCAACAAGCGAGAGUGGAAUAAUUGUUUUGUUAAAAACGCGGCCGUGAUAACUCGUAUUGGCAAAUUUUUGUCACUAUUUUGCCCCCUGAAAUACCACGUGACAUUGAUCUUGGCCCAGUUAAUGACGGACUGGACGUUAAUACUAACUUCUCAGUUACGUUAAGCCCAGUCAUACUCUGUAUGCUAACACCAGUCGUUAGUAAUUACGCUGUCUGAUGAGGAUUCUGUGCAACUGACUGCAGAAGAAGAAUAUACAGUUGCCGUUCGUUACAGUCAAGACAGGUACCCCCCGAAAUUCCAUCAAUGAAUUUAUUAUUCGAAAGUUGAAUCAGUUGGUAGUUGCAGAUUUUAGAUUAAUUAAUCUGUGCAUUCCUGUAUGCGUAAUAAGCAGUGAUAAUUGUGAAAUUUCGAGUAGCUCAAUUUUCGUGAAUUUGAUAUAAAUGUCUUCAAAGCAAUUUAGUCCAUUCAAAGAUAUUUUCCGGAAUCUGUCCGAAUACAGAGAAGUUAUCGCAAAAGAUUCACGGAUUAUUAAGCAUGCGGGAUUGCAGAUUUGAAUUUGUUACUGGCUGCGGGAACUACUAACGGAUCGGAUUCACUUGUCAAAUAAUAAAUUCAUUAAUGGAAUCUUGGGAGGUACAAUUGACCUAGCUGGACUGCAAUGUGCUAACACCUCCUUCAUUUUUCAGUUGGAUUUCAAGGCCAAUAACAAGGGGAAUUUGUUGCCUUAUAAUGGACCGCUCAACGGUAGCUUUGAAGUGAGUUUAAAUGAAGGCCUUUUUUUCUACUCUACGCUUAGUUAUUCUAGAUUAUAAUACAGUUACGAUACAGCAUUUCAUGUUAUAUUUUAAUUGGCUACCCAGCUUAAACGAAUAUAAAGCAUUUAUCAUGUAAUAAGCAACCACAAUUUGGGUGAGUCAACACGAGCCGUGUGCAGCAACCCUCUUUACUGUGCCUUCAUUAACAAAAUGGAUGGGAAUGAUACAACAAACAGAAUAAAAACUCGGAAAUGUAAAAAAUACAGUAAGAAAGCCACCCUACAAAACGAUCUAAACUUACCGUAAACGUGCUAAACCUUUCAUAUAGCAGCAUGCGUCAAAGAUAAACUGAUAAUCCCUAGUCACUGGGUAUUUAAAUUUGAGGGCGUAGGGACGGUGGUAAUUAAAAGACGCGAAUGAAUAUAAAUGACAACAACUCAAAUAUAUAUAGCCUACCGCUAAUGAAGCAAUUGUAACAGCAUACCAUGUAACACCCCACAGAAAGGGUUGCAUAACCCAUGAUAAAUACAUUUUCUCUCUAGUCGUCCAAUCCUUCUUCGCUAUUCUGUUGUGGUCCUAGAGAGUCCCGCGGCAGAAGUAGUUUUGAGGUACGUAUUGAUUCGGGCUUGCUUUAUACCGUAAAAUUCCGAAAAUAAACCCCGGGGCUUAUAUUUUUCAAAGGCCCUUUUUGAGGGGCUUAUCUACGGAGGGAAGUUUGUGUUCCAAAAUCGAUUGGGCUAGCCUUAUAGUCUGAAAGAAAUUUACCCUGUGUAUUUGAGCGCAAUUUCCAAGUACAAGCCCCCGGGGGGUCUUAUAUUUGAAUGGGCGAUUUAACGGAGGAUUUUUUGCGUUACGAGUUUGGUUGGGGGGCUUAUAUUUUGAGGGGCUUAUAUAUGGAGGGGCUUAUUUUCGGAAUUUUACGGUAUCUCUAAAUUGGCAUUGGGAGUUCUUCUCGUCCACAUGAUAAAAAAAACGAUGGAAAGAGCGAAAGGGGGAAGGAACUCCCAUCUCUCUACUAGGGAGCUUUAGCAUCGACGACGGUGACGGCAGCGAAAAUGUCACUUUUAAAAUGAAUUCCCGUUUUUUCAAACUUUGUCGCCCUAUUUCCAACUCACUGAAAAUGUCAAAUGUCGGACAAUUUCCCUGGAGUUGAUUUCUUGAAGACCGCACCCAAGUUUAGAAAGAGAAAGAAAAAUAUGUCUUUCGUCGCUUGUUUACGUCCUCAUUAAAACGUAAAAUUAGACAUUUUCUCGUCGUAGUCGUGCAGUGACGACAAAGAAAUUUUCCAAAAAGUGUGAUGCACGUGCAAAAUUGCUGUUUUACUUAUUAAACGUAUUGUAUUAUUGCCGUUCUCGUUGCCGUCGCCGUCGUCGUUGCUAAAGCUCCCUAUUAUCUCUCUACUACAGACGAAUCCUUGUUGACAUUUUUUGCCUCAUUAGAAUAUGCUCAUCGUUAUCUGAUAAAGCGCAUAAAAUAAAAUCUCUGAAAAUUGAAAGAGGAUAACAAUUUUAGUUAUAUCUGAAAAUUUGAGCCCGAUGUACCGAAUAGUUUCGGAGAAAUAUUCUUUGAAAAACCCCCAAAUUUACAAAGAAUGUUUGAGCUCAUUAGCGUUUUGCCUCCCAGCAAUUUGGCAGUGUUUGAUUGCUCCUGUUUUCUCUGUUAUUGAUUGCAAAGAGCUGAAACUUUCACAAACUGCUCAAAUUAACCAGCUCUUUCAAUUUGUGUGUACGGCUACUUCUUCUAUGGGUAAACUCUUAUGCUAAUGACCAAAAAUGUUAACAAUGACCUCACGAUGAAUUCCCCUAUACCUCUCCUUCUCUUUUCCCUUCCCAAUAUCCCCUCUCGCGCUUUUUUCACUCUCUUCAAUCUCCCAGGGCCAAAAAGAGGCCCUCGCAGAGGAGUAGGUUCUCGCGCUGUAAACAAGAACACUAGUACUUAAGAAUACUGGCUGCUGCGCAGUGGAGUCCAGAAAAAAAUAUUUUUAGUGUGCAAGUAAAGUUUUCAAUUUUUGCAGGCUACGCUCAUGACGGAACGAUUUGAGGAGGAGGAAUUAUCAAGUAUGUAUAUCACUGUGCAAUUGUUCUGAUCGUUUAAUUUCGGUUGGGGAUCGUUUGGUGUAAUGAUAAUGGCCCUUCUCAUACGGGGCACCACUCACGCAGAGGAAUUUCAAAUUAUUUCAUCCUGAACUUGCUCGUAAACUAAACUGUUAGCAGCUGUUACAGUUGAUUUGUUUUUAUUUUAUGAACCUUGUUGUGUCGUCUUGUCAAAUUGAAAAUGUUGGGACCUCUUAAAGCAGAGAAGUUCUCACUUGUCUCCCUAGAGUCGGAAAUAAAGCAAAGAAGUAGCUUCCUCUUUAGUGUUUUCACUUGAUUCUAGAAUUGAGAAUUGGAGUUGAAGUUAGUUAAAAUUACCGUAUUUCCUUGAAAGAGCUUCGCCUUCGAAUAAACGCUGCAUCUUCUCAGCACUAUUGUUGGUCAUAAAUCGAAAAAAAUCAAUAAGCACAGCGGCCCUAUUCCCAGCAAAUAAAUACGGUAAGCUAUUAUUCCAUGCUAGGGACUUCGGCCGCUUGUGGCACGAGUGCUACUAACCUGUGCCAUGUUCUUUCUUGUUGUUUUGAUUUUCCAGAUGAAAGCUCCAGAGCAGGAGCAAUUGGUUCCAGAAGAAACAGCUGUUCAUCCCUCUCUCAUUGCUCAGGUGAGAUAAUCUGUAAUUACAGAGACUCGCUACAAAGCGGUUUCAAGUGAGUUUUACAAAUCCAAAACAGAGAAUGAGUACACCAGUCAAUCACAACGGUGUCCGGUCGCUGUAUAAUAAAGUGGAUUCGCUUUGCUCUUUUUAGAGCUACCAAGUUUAAUGAAAGUUGCAUUACCCGUGAUUUGACCAGUACAAAAUUAUCUACUCAUAAAAAAUGAUUAUCUUCUCUACUCACAACAACAAAAAUCGCUUCUUAAUGAGACCCAAUUAACCCGGUGAGGCACUACUGUAUAACUGGCCGCGAAGUGAAAAGCAAGAAACGUUUUUAUCAUGCUUGGAAAUUGUCUUUCUACUUUAGUAUUUUAUGAUCAAAUUUCGUGGUUUUAUGCGCAAAAGUGGAUUCUGUAUAACACUAGGUACUUUACUUAACAUUACUCUCUUUCGCUUCACUAUAUCCCUUGGUGCUGUUUGUUUAUUAUUUGUAAGUAAUGUUUGUUUCCUCGUUAUUGCUUUUUUUCUGUUAGAACUUUUUGAUCUGUUUGAAAAGAUUGGCCUUACGAAGUAUUAUAGUAUUUUUCAAGAACAAGAGGUAACUAUCUCUACUUCAUAACAACCUUCUUUCUGACCACCAUCGAAGGUCUAGCUGUUAGUAAGAUAAAUAAGACAGCAAAUUUAUUUCUCAGUUAUUUUAAGACACUGACUGUUGACGUAGCCCCGGGAAUCGAACCCGAGACCUAACGCUUUAGAGCUCAGCGCUCUACCGACUCAGCUAACCCUCUGGCACAUUUCGCAUGCCAAUGGUUACGACAUCCCUUUUCGUUGGCAAGCUUAAUAGCCUGCCCGCAGACGUCUCCUGUUUCUUUUGUUGCUCAAGGAAAAGUUAAGUUACAACUGAAGGAAAGUGGAGACAUCUACACGCAGGCUGCAAGUUUAAAAGCAAGAACUACGUUCCAGGGUCGAUCUUGCUAGCAAAUUGUUUUCGCAAUUUUAGCAAAAAUAAUGAUUAAGAAAUAAAAUUUUGUGAGACACUCACUUGCAAAUUCCGCAAGAGUGCAAGAAGAACAAAUUGGCCAAAAUUCUUGCGAUUUUUGUGAAAUCUGCCAACUUCUCGAGGCCCUUCUUGGCCUUUUCUCUUUCUAAGUCUAUAAUUUUGUUAAAUUUGUUCUUCUUGCUACUCUUGCGAUAUUUGCAAGUGAGUGUCUCAAAAUUUUCUUGUGAAUCAAUUUGCUAAAAUUGCUAAAACAAUUUGCUAGCAAAAUUUUGCUAACAAGAUCGAUCCUUCAUGCUACUUGCUAUCUUUUGAAACAGCCAAACUUUUUCUCAUCAAUUGAAUUCAAAAAAAUGGUCGAGUUUUGUUAUCUAAGACUUUAUUUAUGUAUUGAAACCCACUGUUUCCUGUCGUCUGUUACAACAGAUGGCAAGGGUGGACAUCAUGGAUUUGGGCCAACUUAGUUUUUCAAGUUUUUUAACAAAUCGACCACAAUCUUCUACACUACAUAGACCAUAGAAAUGACGUCAUAAAAUGUUCAAAACUCAAGUGGAACGGCGAGUGGUUUCACUGCAAAGUUUUGAACAUUUUAUGGCGUCAUUUCUAUGGUCUAUAAGAGCGUAGACCAUGGAAAAUUGAGGUUGAUUUGUUUUUUACAAUAACAGAUAAUUUUUUUACGAAAAAACAUCGGCAACAAAAAAAACAACCGGCACUGUGUGACAUUUCCGUGGUCUACUGAUUUAAGGAACAGACCACACUUUCUAUGGGUUUACCGGCGUGAUAACCCACUUGGGAUGUUGGGAGAACACUCGAAAAGCUUGUAAAUCACGAGCCGGAGGCGAGUGAUUUACAAGCUUUAAGUAAAACGGAAAACCCUCCAGUUUUCUAUGAGUUUACCGGCACAUUAAACCAUAGAUUUUUAACCAAUCAGAACGCGCGCACUAUCUUAGUCAUCUUAUAAACUCUCAUAGGCGAUAGCUCUCGACCAACCAGCGCGCGAGGAUUCUCUCAGUUAUUGUAAAAAAUCACCAAAAAGUUAUUAUAGUUUGUACUCGCUGACAAAAUCUGUUUGAUAUCCUCUGUAUAACUCUACAGAAGCAUUUUGUUCAUGGGUAAAGGCAUUAAGUAGUGACUUCAGCAAAGAAUUGACCUAAAACUGCAAACCUUCUUGUUACACAGCCCCUUAAAUAGUGUAUUUUGUUUUAUUUCGUUCGUCCCUAAUAUUUCAGUACUGAGUAAUUAGAAGGACUUUUCUGUGGACGAAUUUUCGGGGACUUAAUUUUGUCAAUGUUAACUCAUUAAAACGCCAACAUAUUCUGUAAUCUUUUCAAGGUUGACUUGCCAACAUUUAUGACUUUAACCGAAGAGGACUUAAAGGAACUUGGCAUCACCGCGUUUGGAGCCAGAAAGAAAAUGCUGCUGACAAUUCAAGGUGGGUCUUACGCUAUAUUAACCGUUUUCUUGAAGAGGUGUAGAAUUUACUUUACAAUACUUUAUGCUGGAAGUAAUGGACGCAAGAAAGAACGGGGCGCACUAGGGAGACACGUGAAGGGAGAGGGAAACCCCUCUCGCCUCGCGUGUCUCCCUCGCGCGUCCAGUUCUUCCUUGCGUCCAUUCAUUCCAAGCGCCUGCUACGCAGGCUACAACUAGAAUUUCGCGCGUCACCCACACUCGUUCUGCCUUGGCCAUGACUGGUUCAUACAAUAUUAGUUUGGCGAUGUUGAACGUGGCUGUCCCUUGAUGAUGGAAGAAGUUUGAAUUGAAGCUGCAGUUUCAGCCUGUUCACAAACCCUCUAUUUUCCCUUCAGAGAUCGUCGAGUACAAAAUUUAUAGACCGCAAGCACAAGGGGGUGGGGGUGGGAAAGGAGAAAAUAGACACUCUCGUGCGCUUUCCAAUUGUCGACAACAACAACAAACGUCUGUGGACAGGUUACUGCAUAGCCAUUGUUCAGGGCCCAAGGUGUACAGGAAAUACUUUUCAAAUGAUUUAUUGUUUAAAACGAUUUUUUGGAAUUACUUUUAAAAAAACACGUUGUAAAGAAAGAUUAAACCCUGAAAAAAGUGUUCGGUUUUGUUUAAAUUUAUUUCGCUACUGUGCAGCAACUAUCUAUGUGUGUACGUCUUUGGCUUUCGACGUUCAGAAUGGAAACGGAUUGCAAUUUUUCAGGUUAAACUUCUGUGUUGUCUCGGUUUUCCCUUUGAUAGAAUCAUUUGAUAUCUUUCUUUUCAGUAGUGUUCAGCGCAUGAAAAAACCCGAAGGACUAAGAAAAAUAAUUUCAGCUCAACUUUGAGGAGAAAAAAAAAAUGUGGUACGCACCAUGACAUGUUCCCUUUAAUAUCAUUUCCUGGUCAUGUCACAGUUGCCAAUGAAAUGUUCCCUCAUUUUCCAUGAGAGUGAAAAUUUUUAUCUUUAAUUUCUUUUCUCAGAUAUGAAGAACACUCCAAAUGUCGAAACGAAGCAGCCGAAUCCAAGCCCUGCAGACCCUCCAGGACUUUCACGGAGCCUUUUCUCCGAUCAUUCUUUCAAUCCACUUCCGUUCUAUCGACGUCAUCCGGGUGGCAUCGCCAGCAGGAGUGGAAAAUGGUGACAAGUUUGAAAAACAAAACUGAUCUAUGAUUAAAUUAUCUACAAAGUAGAAGGUACCAUUUAGCCCGUUGUGCGAAGAGCAGUUUUUCUUACAUUUCGUUGAAUCGGCGCGGUAAGGUCGGAAAAUUCGCCGCUUUGGAAACAAGGAGGGAACCGGAACGCCAAGCCUGAGUCACAGACGAAACAAAAAUCUGGUUUAGUCAGUCUGCGAAACAGCGCCGAAAUCCUUGUUCUCGGGCCCCCACCUGUGCACCAGUAUUUGACUACGCGCCAUGUUUGGCUUGUUAAAAAAAGCCAUUGUCGAAUUGCCGAUCAUUAUGAGAGGAAAUUCGAAACGCACAUCCGGCAAUAGACAUUAUUCACAAUUUCCGCCAUCUUUGCACGCGCUAAAGGACUGAUGGGAAAAAAAGCAAUGCCAAGUGGUUUCUCAGGGGGGAAACAAAUGAUACAUGCUACCAGUGCAAAAAAUCGCGGUGGAGUUUGUUUACUCUAGACAACAGAAAAUAAAGAACUUUUCAUUAUAAAGACGAUGAUGGCAAAUUAUGGGUAGAGGUAAACAUCGUUACUCACAGCAAACUAUAAUGACGUAAAUCUUGUCGAAACGCGAAAUUUAGACUAUUAAAUCGUCGUCUUGUUUUGAUAACAUAAACAAACUCGACCGCGAUUUCUUGCAUUGGCAGCUUUUAUCAUUUGUUUGCCACCUGAGAAACCACGUGACAUAGCUUUUUCUCCCAUCAGUCCUUUAACGCGUGCAAAGUUUCAAGUUUUCAAGUUUCAAGUUUAUUUAUUAUAUAUAAAAAACUCUUACAAUCAAAUCUGACCUGACCUGAAGGUAGCUAAAACUAAUCGAGGCAGGUCAGUCUCACAAGUUUUAAAAUAUUACAGAUGUCAAAAAAGAAAGAGAUGAACAAAGUAACAGUUUCGCAGAAAGAAGGAGAGAAAUGAAAAAGUAAUAUGGUUCCACAUUAAACCAAGAAAAAGGAAAACUAAUUAAAGGACAAAAAAAAAGAAACAAUUGUGAUGAUAGGUACAAGUUAUAUAUGAAGAGAAGAGUUGUAAGUUAACAUUUUUUGAGUCUGGCCAUGAUUUUGUCCUUAUCUAUAUAGUUGACUUCGGUUUUCAGAUGGCGGGUAUCGUGAGUAAGAUUUCGGUUUUGGCUCCUGCUAUUCGUUGAGUCCUUUGGGGGCACAGAACAGGGAUAUCGGCGCUGCGUGCGACGCAGGGUACGGAACACCGAAAUUAUUUCUGGAAUCCGUUGUUACUUGGGACUCGCCGGUCAGCUACUGGUGAACCGUCCCAGAGGCCUUUGCGAAAGUUAACUCGACCCAGUUUUCUUGUGGUUUCGAAAGUGGCGAAUGGUAUGGUAACUAUCAUUAUUCUUAAACGUCUACAACUUGAAGCUUUGGGCAGUUUUAUGUCCAGUAUGUUGUAUCUCAAAGGAAAUAAUCAUUAUCCUCUCGAAGAUCGCUUUAAGUGUAUUCAAGAUUAUGAAGUUAAGAAACACCCCAAAUUAUAUCAAAUGAAAGGGAAUAAUCUUAGUUGGGAUUUUGGAAUAUUCCGACUUGUUCAGGAAAGUUGUAAAUAAUAGUCAAAGACCAGAAAAAAAUUGAAAAUUGGUCCCGCAUUCGUUUCACAUCUAAUUUAUAGUUUUUACGUAAUAAGUUAAGUAGCCUGGAAAUGAAUUUGAACCUUCCCUUGUAGCUGGGAAGUGGUAUUUGGACGAAAAUAAUAUGACCAUCUUCCAAGAUCAAUUCAAAUUGCACUCCGCUAUAAGCAAAAUAUUUGAACGUGUUUAUUCGUUUUAGUGAAAAAACGUGAACUUAGAAAUGUUUCACGUAGUGAAAAAAAAAGAAGAUAAAACAUUGUGAUUUGUCAAAAAUUGGAAGUGAUUCAAGUUCAUUUUCCAACAUAUUUCCUAGUUCUAUACUGUUCAAAAGAUGUUUCGUAGUCAUAUUUAUAGAAAGUGAAAGGUUUUACAUUUAUUCGAAGAAAAAGAUAUAAUCAACUCGCUUCAGACGGCGUCUGAAGCUCAUAAAAUUUUAUAAAAAAUUCUGAAUUUUUUUAUAUCGAUAUUGCGGAGUAAAUUCUUGGAUUUUUACCCGUCUAUAUUUUGAAAAUUUAGCGAAAAUUACAUACUUCGCACUUGGCUAUCAUAGUGAUUACAAUAAUAUACAUUUCAGAGUUUUGACAGAAACAGAAUGACUGUUGCUAGAACACACAAGUUAUACACCCAUCAUUGUUGAGCUUGAGGGAUUUGAG